AUCGCUCGUUCCGUUCACAAACUUGAACAUUUUAAUUCAGUGUGAGUCUGUCGCGCGAGCAAUGCGCCGCUUCCCGCGCAAACGAUUUUAAAAAUCGAACUCGAUUCCGAUCCAAAAUCAAAAGUUGCCGCGUUUUAUUCUGUGUCUUAUUUUUCUUUUUUUUCGAUAUUUCUUCGUUGACUAUAAAAAUGGCGCGUGUUUUACUAUUUGCCGUAGUGUUGUUGUCAGUGCAUCAAGUUUUCGGCAGGGAUUGUAGUAAUGUGAAUAGUAUUGUGAAUUGCAACGAGUGCAUCCGAUGUGGUGGAUAUUGGUGUAACAAACCGGAGCCGGGCACCCCUCACUGCUCCCUGCAAGCCGACAGCUGGUGCCCACGUGACCUGGAGACCCUCGACUCUGUCCCGGAUCUGACAGUCCCAGGAACAAUCCUGAGUGCUGUGAGCUUCGAGACCAACGCACGUGUCGGAGCCACCAACAGGAAACUCGUCCAUUACUCAUCUUCCUUGGAGCAAAAGGCUAAUAUAGUAAUCAAGAAUACCACUCAAAACCAAGACAUAACGUUGCAAACGUCGACACAAUGCGAUGAGAAUAAUUGCACGGUGUCCAUUGACGUAAGACCUGGGAAGGACUUCUGUACAUCUAAUGCUGGCUCGUCAGAGUACAUCAAUGCGCGCAUAACUUUCGAGAGCAUAGAGGAAGCUGUUGAGCUGAAGUACCACGUGCCUUGUGCCUGUGAGUGCAGUAAGAAGCUGCCUGAGCUCAGCGCCACAAUCUGCAACUCGCACGGGGACUACAGCUGCGGCGCUUGCUCGUGUUAUAAGGACUGGAAGGGUGAAUUCUGUGAGGAGUCUGACUGCGGCCACGACCGCGGAGACGUGUCCUGCAUGAGCCCCAUCAACAAUCUGGACUGUUCAGGCAACGGCUACUGCGGCGGUCCGUGCCAGACCUGCCAGUGCUACACGGACCGGCCCGGCUCGCAGUACUUCGAGCGAGAGAACAACUGCGUGGACCUCUGCCAGCACAUCAACUCGUACUGCGACUCCUGUCUUCAGUUCCCUUCUGAAGAACGCUGCCAGGACUGCCAAGAUUUGCUCUUCACGCCGUUUAAUGCCACAGCACUGAAGAGCAAAGACUCUCAGUUCAGAGACGUGUGGGUGCGCUGCAAUGAGACAGUGGGGGGAUGCUACAAGGAGUACUCGGCGAUGAGGGACGCCAGCGGGGACAUCGUGGUGAUGAUCACGGCCAGCUGUGAUGGAAUUGUCGCGGGGGCUAUAGUCGGGACCUUUAGAAUAACAAUACCCGUGAUCCUGGGCAUCAUCGGUUUCGUGGCGGCGACGGCGGCAGCGGCGGGGUACCUGGCGUACCGCGCGCGCGCCCCGCCGCUGCCCCUCAUGGACCCGCAAUACACCAACAUAGGGGCUGAGGACUGCACCGGAGUCAACCCGCUUUACAAGCCGCCUACUAGCUCGUUUAUUAACCCGACCUAUAGGAAAUAGGUGAGGUGUUACCUGUUGCUGAUUCACCGUCAGCGGGCUGGAUGCUGGCCUCCGAACAUCGACAUUUCUGGUUUUCCGGCUCGACGUUUGAUCUCAAUGAACUAAUGACCACAACAGAUUUGGUUUACAAAUCGGCUUUGUGAUCUCGAAGCAGAUCAAGCUCCGGACGCCAGCGGAACUCUGAGUGCAGUGUCGCAAAACGUGAUGAUAAUCGUGUUGCCUUAUCGUAUAAAUGCUGUAUAUAAAUAAUUCUGUGAUAAUUAAGAUUACCUGUUAAGUAAAAGAGAUGUAUGAAUGGUGUAAUGUGUGUGUGAGUCACAUAGUAGAGAUUUCCUUGUAAAUAAUGUCUACAAGUAGAUAGAUUUAUUUAUGCACAUUUGCAAACGACCACAUACAGAAUGACAAUGUGAUUGUCUUGGCUAGAAGAUGCGUAGCUAAUGUACUUAGGUAUUGUAACAUAUGAGACCUAAGUUACUACCAACAUAAAACUCUCAAACAAAGGCGGAAGAUGUUAAGACGCGGCUGCCGCGUACAUAAAGUUGCAGACAGAUUUUAUGGCACAUUCAAGAUAUGAGGGUAGAUGUUAACGAUAUGGGCUGGCGAUGAGAUCGCUGCACGUUUCAAGGAAUAUAUGCAAUAUAAGAGAAAGGUAGGUGAAAGUGGGAUGUAGGCAGGCGCGGAUGAGUGGGUGGCACUUUGUAGUGGGACGUCACUUUGCGGUCACGGCGGCGGCGGUGGCUCACUAUAUUAUAACGGGAACUCUGUGGCCUGUGGCUGGAGGUCACUCUAGCUAACGAAAAACUAUAUUACGGAAUUCUGCUGCUCUAUUAAACACCGAUUGCAAGACGGCUUUCGAUAAUUUUUUGUGAAGCUAAAGUAACCUGUGGCUGCUUCUUCGACACUGGGCUAGUACCUACUAUCGUGUGGUGUACGGAUGACUGGUCAUAUUUUGGUGGUUGCCACGCGCAGGUCGCUACGCCUCCUUAAUUUUUUAUAAUGUUAAUAAGAUCGAUUAUUAUAAUUAAGGUUGAAAUGUCUAUAUUAACAAAAUAUUUAAUUUUAAUAAGUAGGUAAAAUAAGUAAUUAUCGUAACAAGUGGCGAAUAUUUCUUUUAGAGUUCCUAAUCGUAAGGAUGAACUAGUUAUUUCCAAUAAUAAUGAAGGUAGUUCUUACCUACAUGAAUCUCAAAAUCGAGAUUGUAAAUUAAUUAUAGGCCCUUGUCGAGGCUACAAAUCAUCAGUUUAAUUAUGUCCAUAAACCUUAACUUGUUUUGUAAUCUCAGCCUUAUGUCGUAAGUGGUAACAUUCCAAUGCGGAUAUUAUUUUCAAAAAUGUUUCUUUGUUAGUUUAUUAAUAAAAUAAUAAUGUUUUAAUGAGUACGAUCUGAACCUUAUCACGAAGUAAACAUGACUGUGUAAUGUUUAGCUAAGUAUUAUACAUCUACCUAUAAACACAUUUGUUGAAAUUUUACAAUGAUCCUUUUGAUCGAUGAAUACGAGCUAUUAUUCAAUAUAUCAGACUGCCAGCAAAUAGUUAUAGUUAUAUUGAGCAUUGUAAGUAUAUUGAUUAGGUAUUCAUGUAAAUAUGCACUGACCGUAUUAGUAAUUUAUCCUUAUUUGGACCACAACAAACUCUUGUUUGAGUUAGAACAUGACUGUACAUAGAAUAAUAAGUAAUUGUAAAUCAAACGAAGUAGAAGACAUCACAGUGGAGUAUUAAUCUAAGGAGACUUUUGUAUAUCUUUGUAGCAUUUUUAUACGUUAAGCUAGUCAAUAAAUAUGUGUAAAAAUCA